UCCUGCUUGCAGCCUUCCCCUCCUUCCUUCCCUGCCUUCCAUGGCGGAGGUGAUAGAGUUCAGAGUCCCGGUUGGAAAUGGCAGGACCCUGCUGGUGCUGGGGGUGGACGCAGGCGCCUCGGAGCAUGCUUUGUAUUUAGCAUUUGCUGCAUUUGGUCCGCUCUAUUCCGUGAAGCUUCAGAGAAAUGCUCCGGUUGCUGGGCCAGGCUACUACGCUCUUGUCAAAUUCUACUCAGCUAGAGAUGCUAAAAGAGCACAGUGCGCUUGCAACCAGAAACCUCUGUUUCAGAAAUCACCUUUGAAGGUUUCCAUGUGUACCAGACAACGGGCUUUUCCACAUCAACCCUUGGUAUUGAACAGCUACAAAUGCAGAGAACUUGCCAAUCACUAUCUUGGUUUCAAUGGCUGGUCCAGUCGCAUUAUCACUCUCCAGAAUAUAUCUGGUUUUGAAGAGGUUGGGAAUGAAGAGGAAGAAGUGAGAACUUCACCCAGGAGUCAGCAGUCAAAGUAUCUGUGUGUUCAAGAAUUAACCAUUCCUCAAUAUGAGAUCUGCACCAGAGGGGUUGGUGUGGCUGAGCUUCAGGUGGAUCCAAGCCAAGGGUUCCUCGUGGCUACUCACAGCCUCCAGAAGCUAGCUGUGCAACGGGCUCUCUCGGACGCAUUUCAGAAGAUACUCUUGGUAGUUCUAGAGAAUGGGAAAGUUGCUGUGGAGUACAGCUCUCCCCAAGAUGACCCCAUUGACUGUUUAAUAGAAGAGGACCUCAGGGGUCUCAUCCAGGUGACUGAUUUGUCCCUUUCAGACCUGACCUGUGAAGGAGAAGAGGAGAUCUUGUCUGAUCAUAGCAUAGAAGAAGGAUAGAAAUGUGUGGAGGCUUCUUUAUCAUGUGUUGACAGAUUUUUUCUUUCCAAGUUUUAAAAAGGCAGUUGACCAUCCUAAGCCCAUCACAGUACUGGGGAGCUGAUUCCACUGUUACAGUGGAUUGGUGUGGUGUGUUUUAAUGGCAUCUAUCAAAUGAUAUAACCUCUAUCAGAACAAACUAUAAUUGGCUGAUUAUGUUUCAUUAAGAUUUGCAGAGAAGGGAGGGGUGCUUAAUUUUUUUUUAAUAUUUAUAUUUCUAAUAAAUGUUACUUUAAUAAACAACCAAAAAUCAGUUGUGUUUCUUUCAUUCAGAGAGAGCAUUUUAUUCCCUGUGAGACAAAUGUGCGGUUUUUUUUGUAUGUUGUCCCAAUUGUAAGUGGCUUUGCAUAAACAUUUUUAAAAGAUGACA